AUGGCACACAAGUCUAUCGUUACGGGCUUGCCGCCCCUGGCUACCAAUGCUACCGAGAGAACACCAAAGCUCAUGACCCGGGAUGAGAUUGAAGCCUUGAUCGCCGAGGACAAGCACAUCACUAUCUAUCACAACCAAGUCAUCAAGAUGGAUCCUUGGAUGCCGUAUCACCCUGGCGGUGACAAAGCUAUGCUUCAUAUGGUUGGCAAGGAUGCCUCGGAUGAAAUCGAUGCCUUCCACUGUUUCGAAACCCGGCAGCACGUACUGCGUUAUCGUAUCGGACGAGUUGAGGGAACUUGGGAGAACUUACUGCCACCAAUUCAGGGAGGUGUUUACCGUACCCGCGAAGAAAUAGAACGAAUCAACUCUAAAAGCAAUACGAACAACGACCAAGACUCGAGUGCUCCAUCGACCCGUGUGCCAUCACCAGUAUUUGAUGAAGAAACUUCAGAGGGUGUUCGACAACGAAAGGCCGACACGAAGAAGGACGGGGCUAGGGCGUCCUCAGUAUCAUCCACGUCAAGCGUUGAAGAAGUAGAGUUGGAUGGCAUGUCAUAUUUGGACACAAUCACCCGAGAGCAUAUCAAAAUCGACCUCGACAAGUACCCUCCGCCCGACAAAGAGACACAGGCCAAGGUAGCCAUGAAAUACCGCGAACUUCACCAAAAUGUCUACGACAAUGGCCUUUACAACUGUAACUACAAGGCUUAUGCAAUUGAGUGUGUUCGGUAUAUUGCAUUGGCCGUUGGCUCAUUAUUUUGUCUUCGAUAUGAGUGGUAUGCUCUCAGCGCUUUCUUACUGGGUUUUCUUUGGCAUCAGCUCUCGUUCACUGUUCAUGAUGCUGGCCAUAUGGGCAUAACCCACAACUACCUCACCGAUUCUUGCAUCGGAGCUCUUAUUGCCGACUUUAUGGGGGGUCUUUCAAUUGGAUGGUGGAAGCGGAAUCACAACGUGCACCACGUUGUCACCAAUGCGCCGGAGCACGAUCCUGACAUUGAGCACAUGCCCCUUUUUGCCGUCUCCCAUCGCUUGCUUGGCAGCUUGAGGUCGACAUACUAUGAGCGGGUUAUGACUUACGAUGCUGUGGCAAAGGUUCUGCUUAGAAUUCAGGCCUGGACCUACUAUCCACUGCUUGCACUUGCUCGGUUCAAUCUCUACCGGCUGUCGUGGGACUUCCUCCUUAUGUCCCGAGGUCCAAAGAAGGGACCUGCGUUGAUCAUCUGGUGGCUCGAGGUCAUCGGCCAGGUUUUCUUCUGGACUUGGUUUGGUUACGGUCUUGUUUACAAUAUGCUUCCUGACAACUGGACCCGAUUCUACUUUGUUAUGAUCAGCAACAUCACUGCAUCUCCCCUCCACGUUCAGAUUGUAUUGUCUCAUUUUGCAAUGAGCACGGUAGAGCUGGGGCCCCAGGAGUCUUUUCCCCAGAAGCAACUCCGAACGACCAUGGAUAUCGACUGUCCGGAGUGGCUUGAUUUCUUCCACGGUGGCCUUCAGUUUCAGGUUAUCCACCAUCUCUUUCCUCGCGUGCCCCGCCACAACUUGCGUGCGACACAAAAGCUUGUUCAGAAGUUUUGCGACGAGGUCAAUAUCCCUUACGUGCUGUACGGGUUUGCUGGUGGUAACCAGCAAGUUAUUGGAAGGCUGGCAGAGGUGUCCCGGCAGGCGGCGAUUCUUGCCAAAUGCCAGAAGUCGAUCCAGAACGGAGACCUUGCGGGUCAUCAUCACUAG